UUACACGUGAAGCAAUUCAUGCAUUCAUGCGGGUGCUUUGCUCCUGAAUGUAGUCUAUUUUUUGCGGCAUUAUUCACACUUUUUGGAUUUUAAAAAUGAUUUUCUCUGAUACAAUUCAACACAGAUUUCUUCUGAAAGCCUAUAAAAUGCACUCUGACAAGAAAAGCCACAUAAAUGCGAGGAAAUCGCGAAAUAUCGAAUCCUCCUAAUUCUUUAUGUUUCAUGUUUCGUCUUUUUCUAUGUUUCUCUUUUUCAUCAUCGUUUUCUUCUUCUUUCUUUCUACAUCAAGUGAAUCAAAACAAGAAUGGAAAACCGCAUUAAUAUUUUUAACAAAAUUCUUACUUGAAUAUCUCUGCAAAUCGCAAGUGAUUCACAAUAAGUUGAGAAGAUAACUUCGUAGAGAUGUUCUUGGAGGAAGGUGAGAAAAUGCUGGAGUCCUGCCUCCUUCCAGAGUGCAUCUACGACAUAACAGAGAAUCCGCUGGAUGGUAAUCAGUUUAUUGAGUACCGGGAGCACCUGAAGCAUGUCCUGCCGACACUGUUUGAUUUAAUCAGUAGCCGGGAGCUGGAGCUCUUUGAUGUCAUUCCUGAAACCCUUAAAUUCCGAAGACUUUUUGUUGAAUUUGUCUGUGAGCAGAGAGGAGAUUGUGAUCUCUUUCGAACGGAUGUGGACAAUCUGGUAAAGAAUCUCGUGAGCUGCGAAGGAAAACUUAAGAAAAUUCUGCAGAGUGAUAAGGAUUUGAGGAAGGAAAUGUUUGUGGUAUACAAAUCAAAACUCCUUGGACAGGCGUGGAAGAAACACUUAGGAGCCAUCCACGGAUUUCUUUGUUUCUGCAGAACUUCCUUUGAGGGAGAUGCCACAGAAACCCUCGAUUUGGACAAGGAAAUGUUCAUUUUGUCUAUUGGAACUCAAUUCCUGGAGAAUGUUGAUCCAUCUUUUAAACUCUGUGGCCUUAAAUUGUUUUGCCUGCUUUUGGAGUGCUCAAAUGAGGAUUCUCUCAUUGAGACAAACACUCACUGUGUGAUCUACAGCCAAGCAAUGGAUAAUAUUCAGAAGUUGCUCAAUGAAGAGUGUAGCCGUGCCAUUUGGAAGUGCAUCUGGUUGGCUGUGUCUAAAGAUAAGACACUGGCACGUGAUCCCGAGUGGAAUAAACUCGACGAUUGUCUCAAUAUUCUCAUCUAUCGACUCAAAAUUGAAAGUCAACCGAGCACGAAGAGAUUCCUAAAGGAAACCCUUUUGCGUUUUGUAUCAUUUUCAGUUGUGGCAGAUAAGAGAGAAAUUGGGGUCGAUCUGAAUAAUUUGUCGGCACAGAAUCUUAAUGAAUUGUUGGAUGAGUUGUUGAAAAGCAAAGGGGCAACAAUUGAUAAUUUUAAAUGCUAUCGCUGGGCAAAGAACCUUCUUGAUUUGUUUGUUGUGCAACUCUUAACAAUUGCCAGCACUCGUCAAGGAGUAGUAUCCACCAUUCAAUUCAUUCACACGGUGUAUCUUUUAACAAUAGCAGCGAUAAGACGAGAUCUCUUGGAUGAUAUUCUCAAACAAUUCAUCAAAAGAGUCAUGCCAAUAUGUGCUGAAAUUCUCAACAUAUACCACACAGCUGAUAACGUUCAAAAGAGUACAGCUUCCUUCCUGGAAACAGUUUACAAUCAAGUUCAAGAGAAGUCACAAGGAAACAACUACGUCAGUGCUUUGGGAAGUUUCCUGACUCAUUUAAAGGAUCAAAGGCCAACACCAUAAGGUAAAACUGCUCCAUUUACAUUAUUUUUGUAAUUUUCUAAUGAAAAAUAUUAUUGAGGAAGAAGUAUUUGUUUUUGUCUACCACCCUUAUUAACUGAAAUUAAUAAAAGACUCCCAUUGAA